AUGGCCGAUGAAGCGCUUUCUAUUUACGAUGAAAUUGAGAUUGAAGACAUGACUUUCGACCCGAACCUGCAGAUUUACCACUACCCUUGUCCGUGUGGCGACCGGUUCGAGAUCGCCAUCGAUGACCUUCGAGACGGCGAGGAAAUCGCGGUUUGUCCUAGUUGCAGCCUGAUGAUCAAGGUCAUCUUCGACCAGUCGGAUCUCCUUAAGGAAGAAAAGCAGCAGACGGAAGGCGCCGCGGUUAAAGCAUAG